AUGUUUUACCUUGGGAGCCCUGCGCAUCCAAGGUGGUGCCGUGACCACUGCAAGAUCCAGCCUGAUUGCGUGCAACUGCACAACCGGAAGAACGGCGUACUGUGGCCAUGGGAUGUUCUGGCAGAUAUGUGGGACAGCCCUGGCCAUUCGGAUUUUUUUUCUUGGGUUCAUGACCCCAAAGAUGAAGCAAGUCAUCGUUGUGAAGAAUAUUGGAACCGAGUUUCACACCUACCGUUUUACAAGAAGUUGGUGAUCAAGAACCCUGGCAAAACAAUACCGUUGUCGUGGCACAUGGAUGGCGUGAAGGUGUACAAAACCCACAAAGUCUGGGCCUAUAGCCAUUCAAGCGCAAUCAGGAAAGGUCAGUCCAUCGACACCAAGACCCUUUUUCUACUUUUCCGGGACAGUGACAUGGUGAAACCACACACCCACGAUGCAGUUGCAAAGCUCAUAGCUUACACUAUGGAUGUUUUGCAGUCAGGGGUUUUCCCAGACAAAGAUGUUGAUGGGAAUUCAUUUCGACAAAAUUCCAAAGAAGCAAAACGGGCAGGGUCCUAUUUUGCUGGUGUGUGGUGUGCUGCAUUCGCAUGUUUCAAGGCUGAUCUAGAAGGGCGAGUCAUGGCCCACAAACUGGUGAGGAACUGGGCAUCUGACUCCAUAUGUGAGCAUUGCCUGGCCAGCAAGUUGCCUCAGUGUUCGUAUGGUGACUUCACCAAUGCAGCGGCAUACUGGGAAUGCAUGCUUACUCAUGAACAGUAUCUGAUGUUGAACCCCCCAGGGAAAACUUCAGCAUGGACCAGCGUUCGUGGAUGGGAUAUCACCCGCAAUUUGGAUGAGUCUUGUCAAAUCGUCAGCCUACGUUUUGGGCGGGAAAAUUGGCAGUCUUAUCCCGAACUGGCAUCGUGCUACAAGGGCGCCAUGGUGAAGUACAUGAUCUUUUGGGUGGCCGAGUUUCUCAAAGAGAAAUUAGAUGAAGUUGACACAGAAAACAACCGUUUGAGGGCAUAUUGUGCUUGGAGUUUGUAUCAAUUCCAAUACUUGCAGGAAACAAAUGGCCCUUGGCUAUCUUCUAAUGCUGCAGAAGAGAUGGCUGAGAUGGGUCGUUACCGGACACGCUAUGAAAGCUGCAUGAGCUCUAGGACCAGGGUGCAGGUGAUCACGGAUGGGAUUCUGGCAAGGCAACUGCAGGUGAGGACGUUGACGCUGGCACCCCUGGCCCUGGCAGUUGCUGAGCCACAGACCCGAGGCGUUCCAGAGCCCGCAGUGUGCGCGGCCCUGGGACCUUUGGGCAUUUAUGAGCAGAUCUUCCGCGACAUCGGGCGCUAUGCGAAUCUGGACCUGCAACGUCUGGCUCUGUACGAUGGCUUCUGCCUUCGGCGACGCAGGGCCUGUAUUCGACUGCGAGUGGUGGAUGGAAUUCCCUACGUUUUAGACAUGUUUCCAGGUUACCAAAGUCGUCACCGCAGCAUCCUACACGCCCUCUGGCGGGUGCUUGUGCGCUUUGGGCCGCUCCCCAAUCUCGAGGUGACCAUUGAUGUGACUGACGGCGAGCUUCAAAACAUCGAUUUGCCCAUCUUGGUAAUCACACACAAGAAAGAGGAGCCUCGCGGAAUUCUUUAUCCCGACUUCACCUUCUAUUCCUGGCCCGAAUCCACGUGUCCUCCCGAGAUAUCACACGACUACAGUUAUCUCUAUGAUCGAUUUAAGCAUUGGCAUCAUCGGCAUGCACCGUGGUUGAACCGCAGCGACGUGGUCUUCUGGCGCGGCGCGCCGGUGGACGACAACCAGGCGCGACAACAGGUGGUGCAACGCUUCCGAGAAGUGGUCAACUCGGACGUGAAAUUCAUGUCCUGGAAGGUUGUGUCAUCCACGGGGGUGAACGAAGUUCAAGGAUGCGUGGGGCUUCUGGAGCAAUGUCAAUACCGCUAUCUUGCUUUCUUAGCAGGCACCACGUAUUCCUCACGCAUCAAGUACCAACUGCUCUGUGGUUCUUUAGUGCUUGCGCACGAACCAAGAUUCAUUGAGUGGUGGAGCCAUUUGCUACUUCCAGGGGUACACUACGCACCCGUCGAAUCAGACUGGAGCGAUGUGUCCACCAUGAUGGAAGUCUUACGACGAAAAGAGUUGCAAGCCAGGACCUUGGCCCGUCAAGGACAAAGACUCGCCAUGACGGCCUUGUCUCCCAGCGCCGUGGAUUGCCGCCUGACUGCGGUAGAAAUUUGGGGCACAAGGGAAUGA